GGAUUUGUUGAAGAUGGGAAGACUAUUCGUGAUCGACCUCCAAGGAGAAACUUAUAGCUGUAAACAUUGCCACACACCUUUCGCACUUACCGAUGAUCUCAUCUCCAAGUCAUUUCACUGCAAGCAUGGAAGGGCUUAUCUUUUCGAAAACGUUGUCAAUGUGACUGUUGGAGAGAUGGAGCAUCGCAUCAUGAUGACUGGCUGGCACACUGUUGCUGACAUCUUCUGCGUUUGCUGUGGCUCUCUCGUUGGCUGGAAAUACGAGAUCGCAUACGAAAAGUCUCAGAAAUACAAAGAAGGAAAAUUCAUCAUUGAAAGGUUUAAAGUGCUUGGACCCGAUGGAGGCGGGUACGACAUGAACGAGGACGAGCCCAUGAUUGGAAGUGACGAAGAAUAAAACGGGCUUCCCUUUUCUUUUUACCAGCCCAUAGUUAUUGGAGAUACUUGGCAAGUGAUCAAUGCAAAAACUCCACAAUUUUUUUCGGGUAAGCAACCAAAUAUUUAUAAACUUAAUUGUAAUGAGGAGUACUAAAAUCGUUUUCAGACACUAACUUUAGUAUAUGCAUGCUUCUACUUGCAUGCCUCUUGUAACAAGAAUCUAUAUAAAUGAAUUUCCUAGCGAAAAUAUAGAUUUUA